UCAUGUGAUCAGCUGUGUCACAGCUGAUCGCAUGUAACCUCAGAGGGGACAUCUACAUUGAUCAUCAGGGCACUGAUGAUCAGUAUGCCCUGAUGAUCUGUGUAGCCCCAGCAGUGCCACCUGUCAGUGUCCAUCAGUGCCAGCUGUCAGUGCUCAUCAGUGCCACAUCAAUGCCACGUUUCAGCGCCUACAAGUGCACAUCAAUGCCACAUAUCAGUGCCCAUCUGAGCUGCCUUUCAGUGUCACCCAUCAGUGCCAGUCAGUGCCACCUAUCAGUGCUGCCAAUCAGUGCCACCUAUCAGUGCCAGUCAGUGCCGCCUAUCAGUGUGCAUCAGUGCCACCUAUCAGUGCCCGUCAGUGCUGCCUAUCAGUGCCGCCUAACAGUUCCAGUCAGUGCCACCUAACAGUGCCAGUCAGUGCCGCCUAUCAGUGCUGCAUGCCGCCUUCAGUG